AUGUGGAAGCUUAAGAUUGCUGAAGGUCAUGGACCAUACUUGUACAGCACAAACAAUUUUGUUGGCAGACAAGUUUGGGAGUUUGAUCCUCAAGCCGGGACCCUUGAGGAAAGAGAAGAAGUUGAAAAGGCUCGCGAGGUUUAUCGGAAAAAUCGAAAACAAGGAGUUCAUGCCUGUGGUGAUUUGCUCAGUCGAAUUCAACUUAUCAAGGAAAGCGGAAUGGAUUUACUUAGCAUACCAGCAGUGAGAGUAGGAGAAAAAGAAGAAGUGAGCUUAGAGGCAGUCACAAGCGCUGUGAAAAAAGCUGUUCUAUUAAAUCGUGCAAUCCAAGCAAAAGAUGGUCACUGGCCAGCUGGAAUUGCUGGUGUCAACUUUUUUACACCUCCAUUGAUCAUUGCCCUAUACAUCAGUGGAACACUUAAUACUAUCCUAACCCCAGAACACAAGAAGGAGUUGCUUCGUUUCCUUUACAACCAACAA